AUCUUUCUUUCAACAGUGUGCCUGGUUCCUGAGUAAAAUACACGUCAGGAGUCGGGGCAUCGCAUGUUUCCCCACUGCGCCGCAGCAUCAUCUGCCGUCCAUGCGAGCGAAUCCACCCACUCGGUUCUGCUCUCGACUGUAAACUGUCGACUCUGCUCAGCCAGCGUUCCGUUCCUAUGCUCUGCGAUGCAUCUUGUGUUUGCUUGAGACCUGGUUCUCUGCAUCCUUUCUUUCACUUGUCUUCCAUUGCUCCUGGUUGAGAUUUGCGUAGCCUUCUGGCAGCCGGACUGCUAUCUUCUCUGUUGUUCGUUCUUUUUAUUAUUUCCCUUCAUCUAUACUUCACUUUGCUCGUCUUCGCUCCCGCCUCGGUACUGCAAGAGGUCGCCAAUUGGCUAUUUCUACGAAGAAUCGUGAUAUUCGCCGAGCGUCCACGCGCGGUAGUUCUGCUCCAUGAGUCGCUGUACUGCACAACCUCGCUUGGCGAAGCUGUAGCCGGCCUCUCACAAGUACAAAUUCAAUAAUGCGGCCGCGAGCGAGGAUCGCAUCCGCUAUAAAGCCAGCAUCUAAGAAGUUAGAGUUGGGGCAGGAGUUGGUGCGUUGGUUGGUCGCGCGAGAUGACGACGAUGACGACGCUUCAUCCUCAUCUUUGGCACGACAACAAGCUGUGACCACCACCACGGCAGUCACGACGGUCAUGUCACAGACGACCAUGGUCGUUUUCCAGACACUAUCUGCUGCACCAACACCUCUACCGCAAGCUAGUCAAGUGUCCGCACUGCCAGACAAAGGUGACACAUCAAUGUCGAGCGUGGCAUCGCCAACGAUCGGCAGCUACAUCGGAACAAAGCGGCCCUUAUCUGAGACGACCCAACACAUCUUGAUAAUUGCGGGAUCUGUUGCUGUGACAAUGGCCAUGAUGCUCCUCGGGUUUUACAUCUGGAGACGGCGGACAAACAGGAGGAAACUUUCUCGAUCCGUCUCAAGCAAGUCGUUCGAAAAGGAGCCAUACGUGACUGCGCCGCUGGGAAGCAACUGGGGCACUUACAAGUGGGACCCCAAGUCCACGUUUGCACCCGCGGCAUCGUAUAAAGAGAUCCUCGUGCCAUCACCGGAGCCAACGUAUGUUCGGCCAGGAACAAGCCAGUCGAACCGAGCCGUGCCAACCAGAGCGCCAUUUGCGCCACCGAACAAGAGGGCCACGCCAAACCUUACGCCUGUGUAUGUCGUGCCUACGCCGGCACCCAGAACACCGCCGCAACGACAGAUAGCAGUUGAGUCUCGGGCGCCGUCGCCUGAGCUACCGUUGCAGCGCCCGGAAACGCGGCCGUCCUCGCCAUCACGGACGUCCAGCCUUCCACAGUAUCUUGCCCAGAUGCGGGACGCUCCAGAAGCGACGAACGCAACGCCACCGCCGCCCAAGACGUCGCGCUUCUCGUGGACCAAUUCCCAGGCACCCAAGACGCCAAACGACCCGAACGAUCGAUACAGCGUCGUCAGCGAGGCGGAAAGCGUGCCGCGCUACCGCACGGUGGAGAGCUGGGUCGGCAACCAGGCCGGGCGGUACGAGGAGCGGCGGAUCCAGGAGCGGAUCCAGUUCCAGCUCGACGAGGCCAUAGGGGAGCUGAGCAAGGACAGAUCGGCGGGCGUGCCUCCUCUCCCGACGGACGGGCGCCAGCCGCAGCCCGUCGGCCGCGCUCCGCUGAAGACGAUCCCGCUGCAGGACUCGUCGAGCGUCUUUGUCGACGGCGUCGACGACGAAGAGGCGGACCAGGUCACGGACCUGAGCUUGAUCCCCGAGGCGGCGCGCAAGACGCCCGUCAGCCGCGCAGGGUCACGCAAGGCAAGGCGCAAGACAAACGAGAGCGACAUGACCAUCUUCAGGGCUCACCCGGGCACCAAGGUCGACAUUCCGGACAGCAGGUUCAUCCCCAGCGAGAUCCUGGACGACCACCUUGGGUCUAGAGCGUACCCACCUGCGAGGGACAGCUACGCCUAGAUCGUAGAUUUUUUUUUUUUUAAAAAAAAAAAUACAGUGGAGGCGCAUUAGGAUGAUGGGAGCGGUGAUGCAAGCUUCCACAUACUACAACUACGACUACGACUACUACUACUACUGUUACUACUACCACCACCGCUGCCACCGACGAUGACGAUGUUAAUGUACCAAGGGCCUUGAUGGCACGCAGGAAGGAAAUGAAAUCUUUUUUUUUUCAGCGGAAGGGGGGAAAAUUAAAAAGUCAGGCCAGCGGACUCUCAGCAUUCUCACUUAUACCCAAUCAGUCGCCUCCCCUCGGGACGGGAAGGGCAUGCCAUUCACUGCGAGGACCAGCUCAAGAGAGAGAGAGAGCUGGGACAAGUUCUGUAAAGAGAAUUUUUUAAGAAAAAAAAAACACAAAAUCAAUGACGUUGAUCAAUUUGAAGGUUGGAGAAAGUAAAGUGACGACGUGAACUACGG